UGGGAUAUUCGUUCUAAAAGCCCAAAACAGUGAAGCGUUUCGGUUGUGUGUGGAAAGUGAAAAUGAAGCCAGUGGCUCUUCUUCUUCAUCCUCCAGCCACCAUCUCUUCAGCUGCUCUUCGUUUCUCCUCCAAAUCCCACCUUCGAAAGCGUCCCUUAAACUUCUCCUGUUUCGCUGUUCAAUCUGAAUCGACAAAGGUUGAAGUAUCUUCAAAGCCCGAUUACAAGCCUGGAAUGCUCGACGAUUUCUUCCUCAACCUCUUCCGAAGCAAAAUGGUUCAGGAAGUCGGCUGGGAUUCAGAAAAACCUGGAUAUGAUGGACUAAUCGAAGUCGCUAACAGGCUCACGAUGAAGGGCAAAUCCAAUUCCGAUACCAUAGAAGCGUCGGUUCGAAUUUUAAUAGCUUUGUUUCCUCCUCUUCUAUUGGAACUUUAUCGGAUGUUGGUAUCACCUAUAGCUGGUGGGAAAGUGGCUGCGAUUAUGGUCGCAAGGGUGACUGCGUUGACUUGUCAAUGGCUAAUGGGAACUUGUACUGUAAAUUCAAUUGAAUUACCUGAUGGAUCGUCUUGCCAAAGUGGGGUUUUCGUUGAAAAAUGCAAGUACUUAGAAGAAAGUAAAUGCAUAGGAAUUUGUCUCAACACUUGCAAGUUUCCUACUCAGAGCUUCUUCAAGAACCAGAUGGGAAUUCCUCUACUAAUGGAGCCAAACUUCAAUGACUAUAGUUGUCAGUUCAAAUUUGGUGUUCCUCCUCCUCUGCCUGAAGAAGACAGCAUACUCAAAGAGCCUUGCUUGGAGAUAUGUCCUAAUGCCACAAGAAGAAGAGAAGUUUUGAGUAAGAUGAGUGCAACGCAGUGCCCUAAAGCAUAGACCGAGCAGCCUAUGACGAGCUUGGGAUCGUGCUGAAUGAGCUGGGAUUGCUUGAAGUCCUUAAAUUUAGUUAAGGGUCUCUAAACUUUUUAAUAAGUUAAUGAAGUUUCAAUUUUGUGUCCCAAACUUUAAAAAAAUAAGUUCAACUU